AUGCCUCGGUCGAGGUCUGUCUUCGCGAUCUUGCUAGCCUUGAGCUUUUUCUUUAAUGGAGCUCAAGCAUUGUUCUGGCGCAAGAAAAUAGUUAUCGGAUAUGCAGUAGUGAUCAAAGAGUACGCCGAUGAAAUCAAUGACGAUCAUAAGCUACGAGUAGAAGAGCCUACCUCAUACAAUCCUCAAUUAGGAAAUGGCUUUUAUAUGCUAAACAACCCUGAUACCUUGCCGACUGGAGUGGACUAUUGGUAUUGUGCUGUUAAAGCGAGAAGGUGGAAGGUGAAAAAAGCCGGCAAAGCCUACAUCCCGCAAUAUAAUGCUCAGCGACAAAUCUUAUGGGCCGGAAGCGAAGAAGGUUUCGUGAAUUACAUCGGGGAAACAGCAAAGUUACGAGAGCCCAAGAGAGCGCUGCGGUUCUCCUGGACCAAAGUUACCGACUGGGCGAUGCAAAUGGUUAUCCCAUCGGGAGUGGUAACCGAUGACCGUGGUUUGAAUCUUUGGGCCCAAUGCUUUGAGUCAAAAGAGGAGCUCAAGAAGUUUUCGAAAGAUAUUAUUGAUUGGGGUUCUCUGUGGAAGAUUAAAGGAGAACCUGGACCAAAACCGGACAAAAGCCGGCGGUAA